UAAGGACUAUUGUUCCCUUAAGGACAUAAAGGCAGAGUUUCUAGUCUUCUAAAGCAGAUUGAUGUCCAGGCUUCUCAAAGAUAUCUGUAAAUCAAAAGAAAAAGAAAAAAGAUCAAUAGAAAAAUAGGCAAAGACACUGAAAAGGCAGUUCACAGAAGGGAAUCGCAAGUAGCCUACGAAUGUAUGAAGAAAUGGUCAAAAAAUUCACUAGCAGUUAGAGAAGUGAAAAUGAAAGCAAAAAUUGUGCUUACACUACUUUCAUCAUAUUGACAGAAAUUAGAAAAUUAGCUAAUUAGAUGAGUCAAUAUUUGCAAAGCACUUAGAAUAGUAUCUGACAUUUACUAAACACUUUAUGAGUGUUUAAUAAAAAAGACCUACCACGUUCUGGAAGGGAUGGAUGGAAGUAUUGGACGGAAACCCCACACUGGAGUGCAGCCUAGGGCAGUAACUCUGGUACACAAUCUUAAAGUGCUUGCUAAGUACCCAGGGCUUGUACUAGGCUAUUGGGCAUCGUUGUGCUUUUGGAAAACUGUUCAUCUGGCCAGAUGAGUUUGAAAAUAUCACACCCUCUAGAUAGUUACAGCCUUCUAGGUUCAUGACUUGGCUGGGGUACAGAGAUUUUGUGAGAAUAAAAAGUGCACACCUUCCUCCAGUAGGGCACAUGGCACGGGAAAGAGAGUAGAGACUGUUUUUCAGCCUCCAUUGCCCCAUGGCUGGAUGUGUUUGUGCAGGACGCAGCUGCAUAAGCAAAUGUCCCUAUGCAUCCCUAUAACUUUACCAAUCUUACUCCUUGGCAUAUAUUUCAGAGGAAUUUGCACAGAGGUCCGUAAGGGACCACGGACAACGACGAUCAUGGCUGUAUUUCUUGAUGUAUUGGAGAAUUAGAGGCGGCCUUGUUACCUAACACCUGGGGAAUGGAAGUGAAGUGUGGUAGAUGCCCCUUAUGAAACGCUGUGCAGUACUCAGAAGCAAUGAACUAGGAUAUGCUUGCCAAUCGCAACGAGGACAGAUCCUUAAAAAGAAUGUUGAGUGAAAAAAGUAGAAAAUAAGAUAAUCUCCAAAGUCCAGUAGCAUUAUUUAAACAUUUUAAAAAAAUACACUGAUAAAAAUUUUGUACAUUUCCCAAAAAUACAUAUGGAAGCACAGUAGCAUGAAUGCCUAUGGGGUUGAGGAUAGGGGUUGGGAGUAGGGAUGGGGAUAAAGGGGGAAAAUAAAACCGGAGAGGAGUCUUACACAUUUCAUGAAUCAAGGAGUAUAAUUAUUUCAACUAUUUGUACCUGAAGUCCAGAAAGAGUGGAGGCAGAGGGGAGAGAAGAGGGCGAAGAAACGGUUUUGGGAGAGGGGUCCCAGAAGAGAGAUUUUUGCGAUGUGGCGCUACAUACGUUUUUCCAGGAUGCCUUAAGCUGUGCACCCUAUUUUUCUCAUCACUAAUAUUAGAUUAAACACUUUGAAGACAGCGUCUGUGGUUUCUCUACUUCAGCUUUCCCUCCGUGUCUUGCACACAGUAGCUGUUUUACAAGGGUUGAACUGACUGGAAGUGAGAUUAUUCCUCUUUGUCUCAGAAGGCAGAGUGUAGCCGCCUGUCCUUCCCUCAUCCGGAACCUUCUGGUCCACAUUUCCUUCCAAGCGUUAGUCCUCGGCUCUCCAUGCUUGGCUCCCUAGUGUCACCCACCGUCCUUUCUGGGUGGCCUCUUCCAAUUCGCCCUCUUCUUUCUCCUGGGUGUCUCCAUCUGCCCACACCGUGGGACUCCUCCCAGCCUCUCAGGGGCACCGCCCCCUCAUUUCCUUGGCUCCGCCCCGUUGGGAGAUAUUUGCAUAUUUCUCUGAGGAACCCUGCCCAGGAGCCAGCCUCAGAAGCUCCUCCCCUUUCGAAUUCCCGCUAGCGCCCCUAGAGGGCGUGUCGGUUGCCAGGCGACUGGACGACGCGCCGAGCGCGGGUUUCCGCUCGGGGCGGGCGAUAGAGACAGCGCGUCGCGCCUUUAGCUUCUUUCCCAGACUCCGGCCCAGCUCCUGCGAUCUCCACAGCAGCCUCUGAGGCCGCCCCCAGAGAGCAUCAGGAUGGCUGAGGAAAAGAGUGGAAAGCAAGUCCUGGAAGAAUCUGCAUUUGAAGAAAUGGAAAGAGAUUUUCAGGGAGUUCUCCAUGAACUUUCAGGAGACAAAAGUCUGGAAAAAUUUCGGAUUGAAUAUGAGAGGCUUCAUGCUGUCAUGAAAAAGUCUUAUGACAAUGAAAAGCGUCUGAUGGCCAAAUGCAGAGAGCUAAAUGCAGAGAUUGUAGUGAAUUCCGCGAAGGUCGCCACUGCCCUUAAGCUCUCUCAAGACGAUCAGACCACCAUUGCAUCCCUAAAGAAGGAAAUUGAAAAGGCCUGGAAGAUGGUGGACUCAGCCUAUGACAAAGAGCAGAAGGCCAAGGAGACGAUUCUUGCUCUGAAAGAGGAAAUAGUGAACCUGACCAAACUAGUGGAGCAAGGGUCUGGACUGUCAAUGGACCAGGAUAGCAACAUCCGAGAUUUACUGAGGUUCAAAGAAGAAGUGACAAAGGAGAGAGACCAGCUUUUAUCAGAAGUGGUAAAAUUACGAGAAUCCCUAGCUCAGACCACUGAACAGCAGCAGGAAACAGAGCGAUUAAAAGAGGAGGCUGAACACGCCAUCAGUCAGUUCCAACAAGAAAUCCAGCAACGUCAGAACGAAGCUUCCCGGGAGUUCCGGAAGAAGGAAAAACUAGAGAAAGAGCUCAAGCAGAUUCAGACAGACAUGGACAGCAGGCAGACAGAAAUAAAAGCCCUGCAGCAGUAUGUGCAGAAGAGCAAGGAGGAGCUUCAGAAGCUGGAGCAGCAGCUGAAGGAGCAGAAGAUAUUGAAUGAGAGAGCUGCAAAGGAACUCGAGCAAUUUCAGAUGAGAAAUGCUAAACUUCAGCAAGAGAAUGAACAGCACAGUUUGCUCUGUGAGCAGCUAUCCCAGGAAAACCAACAGAAGGCGUUGGAGCUCAAAGCCAAAGAGGAGGAAGUCCAUCAAAUGCGACUUGACAUCGGGAAGCUCAACAAAAUCAGAGAACAAAUUCAUAAGAAAUUGCACCACACUGAAGAUCAAAAGGCAGAAGUCGAAGAGCACAAAGAAACCCUAAAAAAUCAGAUUGUGGGAUUAGAGAGAGAGGUGGAGGCUUCCAAGAAACAAGCAGAACUUGAUAGAAAGGCAAUGGACGAGCUUCUGAGAGAAAGGGACAUACUAAAUAAGAACAUGCUUAAGGCGGUCAAUGCGACCCAGAAGCAGACAGACUUGGUAAAGCUCCAUGAACAAGCCAAGAGGAACCUGGAGGGAGAAAUCCAGAACUACAAGGAUGAGGCUCAGAAGCAGAGAAAGAUCAUCUUUCAUCUGGAAAAGGAGCGUGACCGGUACAUCAACCAAGCCAGUGACCUUACGCAAAAGGUCCUUAUGAACAUGGAAGACAUAAAAGUUCGUGAAACGCAGAUUUUUGACUACAGGAAAAAAAUAGCUGAAUCAGAAAUUAAAUUAAAACAGCAACAGAACCUAUAUGAAGCUGUGAGAUCAGACAGGAAUCUGUAUAGCAAAAAUCUGGUUGAGGCUCAGGAUGAAAUAACAGAAAUGAAGAGAAAGUUAAAGAUUAUGACCCAUCAGGUAGAUCAGCUGAAAGAAGAAAUCUCUGCCAAAGAGUCCGCACUUGUGAAGCUGCACCUGGAACAGCAGCGAAUAGAAAAGGAAAAGGAAACAUUGAAGGCUGAGCUGCAGAAGCUGAGACAACAAGCCCUGGAGACCAAACACUUUAUUGAAAAGCAAGAAGCUGAAGAGAGAAAACUCCUGCGAAUAAUUGCCGAGGCUGACGGGGAGAGGUUGAGACAGAGGAAGGAAUUAGACCAGGUCAUCAGUGAGAGAGAUAUCCUGGGGUCUCAGCUUGUUCGGCGCAAUGACGAGUUAGCUUUGCUCUAUGAGAAGAUCAAGAUCCAACAGUCUGUGCUGAAUAAAGGGGAGAGCCAGUACAACCAGAGGUUGGAGGACAUGAGAAUCCUCAGACUUGAGAUCAAGAAGCUUCGCCGGGAAAAGGGGAUUCUUGCCAGGAGUGUGGCUAAUGUUGAAGAACUCAGACAGGAGUUUUUUCACAUGCAAAGAGAAUUGCUGAAGGAGAGGACACGCUGCCGAGCCCUGGAGGAGGAGCUGGAGAAUCCCCUGAAUGUGCACAGAUGGAGGAAGCUCGAGGCCAGUGACCCCAAUGCGUAUGAGCUGAUACAGAAGAUUCACACCCUGCAGAAGCGUCUCAUCAGCAAGACUGAAGAGGUGGUUGAAAAAGAGCUGCUCCUACAGGAAAAGGAGAAACUCUACAUGGAACUAAAGCACGUCUUGGCUCGCCAGCCUGGACCUGAGGCCGCGGAACAGCUGAAGCUGUACCGACGCACACUGCAUGACAAGAAGCAGCAGCUGAAAGUUUUGUCUUCAGAAUUGAAUAUGUAUGAAGUACAGAGCAAAGAAUAUAAAUAUGAGGUAGAGAAACUUACCAAUGAGCUCCAGAAUUUAAAGAAGAAAUACCUCGCUCAGAAACGUAAAGAACAACUUCAAAAAAACAAGGACACAGCAUCCAUGGAUAACGCCUUCUUAAUGGUCAAACCAAAUGGCCCUGGUUUUACUGGGGGUGGAUUUCCUCUCAGGUCAACCAAAAUGAAGUUCUAACCUGAAGCUGCUGGCUGUUUCCAGUUGAACAACUCAUGAAAUCUGCUCUGGGACAUUUUGGGGGAAUCUCAAAGUCCUUGGAUCAUAGAAUUGAGUGCUGAGAAUCCAGGAUGGAAAGAAAUGCAGAACUAUCAUAGUCACAUACAUAUAAGAGGGAUGGUGUUUUGUCUGGUCCACGUUGAUAUUAACAGAUCAUAAUUCUCUCUGUUCAGUUAGGCUGACCUAUUGCAUGAAGCAAAUCUUUUGUUGCUACCCCAUUGAUUGAAAUGUACUAGACCUUAAUUUCUUUAUUACAGACAUUGGCGUACUUGAAGGUUUUAUAUUUAAAAGUAUUUUUGGAAUGCAAUGCGUCCCCUCUCACCUUAUUAGCAAGAAUCUAUUUUAAUUAUUCCUCAUUAACAAGUCAUUGCAUGAGAUGAGAAAGAAGGACAAACUCUUAAGAAUUUAAAAAGUGUUUUGAGAAUGAUUUCUAUGUGGAAUUUCUUUUCAGGCCUGGAAUAGGAAAAUCUAUUCCAAAGAGACACACUAAUAAAUACUUCAUUAUAAAAAAUAAAAAAGAAUCUUUGUAGAGAUUUUGAUCCUUGCUUUGGUAGAGUAUGUAAUUAAAGUUUAAAGCUACUGUG